UGAGUACCUUGGCCUCCGAGUGGGGACCUUGUCCUCAGAGUGAAGAUACUUGUGCUCACAGUGAGGAAACUUGUCCUCAGUGUGAGGAACCUUGCCAUCGAAGUGAGGAACGUUGUCCUCAGAGUGAGGAAGCUUGUUCUCAGCGUGAGGAACCUUGUUCUCACUGUGAGGAACCAUCUCCUCUGUGUGAGGAACCUUGUCCUCAGAUUGAGGAACCCUUGUUCUCAGAGUGAGGAACCUUGUCCUAAGUGUGAGGAACCUUGUCUUCACAGUGAGGAACCUUGUCCUCACAGUGAGCAACUUUGUCCUCAGUGUUAGGAACCUUGUUCUCUGAGUGAGGAACCUUGUCCUCAGAGUGAGGAACCUGUCCUCAGAGUGAGGAACCUUGUCCUCAGAGUGAGCAACCUUGUCCUCAUAGUGAGCAACCUUUUCUUCAGAGUGAGGAACGUUUUCCCCAGAGCGAGGAACCUUGUCCUCAGACUGAGGAACCUUGUCCUCAGUGUGAGGACCUUGUUGUCAGAGUGCGGAUCCUUGGCCUCAGUGUGAAGAACCUUGUACUCAGAGUGUGGAACCUUGUUCUCAAAGUGAGGAACCUUGUCCUCACAGUGAGGAACCUUGUCCUCAGAGUGAGCGACCUUGUCCUCAGAGGGAGGAGCCUUGUCCUUGGUGUGAGGAACCUUGUCCUCAGUGUGAGCAACCUAGUCCUCAGAGUGAGGAACCCUGUAUUCAGUGUGUGGACAUUUGUCCUCAGUGAGGAACCUUGUUCUCAGAGUGAGGAACCUUGUCCUCAGUGUGAGCAACCUUGUCCUCAGAGUGAGGAACCUUGUCCUCAGAGUGACGAACCUUCUCCUCAGAGUGAGGAGCCUUGUCCUCAGAGUGAGGAACCUUGUCCUCAGAGUGAGGAACCUUGUUCUCAGAGUGCGGAACCUUGUCCUCAGUGUGAAGAACCUUGUCCUCAGAGUGAAGAACCUUGUCCUCAGAGUGAGGAACCUGACUUCAAAGUGAUUAAAAGUGUCCUCGGAGUGAGGAACCUUGUCCUCAGGGUGAGGAACCUUGUCUUCAGAGUGGGGAACCUUGUCCUCAGUGUGAGGAACCUUAUCAUCAGAGUGAGGAACCUUGUCCUCAGAAAGAGAAACCUUGUCCUCAGAGUGAUUAACCUUGUCCUCAGAGUGAGGGACCUUGUCCUCAGAGUGAGGAACCUUCUUCUCAGAGUGCGGACCUCGUCCUCAGUGUGACGAAUCUUGUCCACAGAGUGAGUAACCUUGCCUUCCGAGUGAGGAACCUUGUCCUCAGAGUGAGCAACCUUGUUCUGAGAGUGAGGAACCUUGUCCUCAGUGUGAGGAACCUUGUCCUCAGUGUGAAGAACCUUGUCCUCAGAGUGAGGAACCUUGUCCUCAUAAUGAGGAACCUUUUUCUCAGUGUGAGGAAUCUUGUCCUCAGUGUGAGGAACCUCGUCCUCAGAGUGAGGUACCUUGUUUUCUGAGUGAGGAGCCUUGUCCUGAGAGUGAGGAACCUUGUCCUCAGAGUGACGAACCUUGUCCUCAGUGUGAGGAACCUCGUCCUCAGAAUGAGGUACCUUGUUCUCAGAGUGAGGAACCUUGUCCUCAGCGUGAGGAACCUUGUCCUCAGAGUGAGGAACCUUGUCCUCACAGUGAGGAACCUUGUAUUCAUAGUGAGCAACCUUGUCCUCAGAGUGAGGAACCAUGUCCUCAGUGUGAGGAACCUCGUCCUCAGAAUGAGGUACCUUGCCCUCAGAUUGAGGAACCUUGUCCUCAGAGUGAGGAACCUUGUCCUCACAGUGAGGAACCUUGUCCUCAGAGUGAGCAACCUUGUCCUCAGAGUUAGGAACCUUGUCCUCAGUCUGAGGAAGCUUGUCCUCAGAGUGAGGAACCUUCUCCUCAGAUUGAGGAACCUUGUCCUUCAAAGUGAGGUGCCUUGUCCUCAGAGUGAGGAGCCUUGUCCUCAGCGUGACGAACGUUUUCCUCAUAGUGAGGAACCUUGUCCUCAGAGUGACGAACCUUGUCCUCAGUGUGAGGAACCUGCCUUCAGAUUGAGGAACCUUGUCCUCAGAGUGAGGAACCUUGUCCUCAGAGUGAAGAACACUUUCCUCAGAGAGAGGAACCUUGUUCUCAGAGUGAGAAAUCUUGUCCUCAGACUGAGAAACCUUGUCGUGAGAGUGAGGAACCUUGUCAUCAGAGAGACGAACCUUGUCCUCAGUGUGAGGAAGCUAGUCCUCAGAGUGAGGACUCUUUUCCUCAGAUUGAGGAACCUUGUCCUCAUUGUGAGGAACCUGCUUUUAGAGUGAGGAACCUUGUCCUCAGAGUGAAGAACCUUGUCCUCUGAUUGAGGAACGUUGUCCUCAGGGUGAGGAGCCUUGUCCUCAGUGCGAGGAACGUUGCCCUCAGAGUGAGGAACCUUGUUCUCAGAGUGAGGAACCUUGUCCUCAGAGUCCUCAGAGUGACGAAAUUUGUCCUCAGAGUGAGGAACCUCUCUUCAGAGUGAGGAAUCUUGUCUUCAGUGUGAGGAACCUUUUCCUCAGAGUGAGGAACCUUGUCCUCAGAGUGAGGAACCUUGUCCUCAGAGUGAGGAAUCUUGUUGUCAGAGUGUGGACCCUUCUCUGUGUGAAGAACCUUCUCCUCAUAGUGAGAAACCAUGUCUUCUGAGUGAGGAACCUGACUUCAGAGUGAAGAAUCUUGUCCUCAGAGUGAAGAACUUUGUCCCCAGAGUCACGAACCUUCUUCUCAGAGUGCGGAACCUUGUCUUCAGUGUGAAGAACCUUGUCCUAAGAGUGAGGACCUUGUCCUCAGAGUGAAGAACCUGACUUCAGAGUGAGGAACCUUGUCCUCAGAGUGAGAAACCUUAUCCUCAGAGUGAGGAACCUUGUUCUCAGGGUGAGGAACCUUGUCUUUAGUGCGAGGAACCUUCUCGUCAAAGUGGGGAACCUUUUCCUCAGAGCGAGGAACCUUGUCCUCAGUCGGAGGAACCUGCAUUCAGAGGGCGGAACCUUAUCCUCAGGGUCAGGGCCUUGUCCUCAGAGUAAGGACCUUGUCCUCAGAGUGAAGAUCCUUGUCCUCAGAGUGAGGAAACUUGUCCUCAGUGUGUGGAGCCUUGCCCUAAGAGAGAGGAACCUGUCCGCAGAGUGAGGAACCUUGUUUUCAGAGUGAGGAACUUCGUUCUCAGUGUGAGGAUCCAUGUCCUCAGUGUGAGGAACCUUGUCCUCAGAAUGAGGAACCCUUGUUCUCAGAGUGAGGAACCUUGUUCUCAGAGUGAGGAACCUUGUUUUCAGAGUGAGUAACCUUGUCCUUAGUGUGAGGAACCUUGUCUUCAGUGUGAGGAACCUUGUUCUCAGAGUGAGGAACCUUCUCCUCAGUGUGAGGAACCUUGUCCUAGGUGUGAAGAGCCUUGUCCUCAGAGUGAGGAACCUUGUCCUCAGUCUGAGGAACCUUGUCCUCAGAGUGAGGAAACUUGUCCUCAUAAUGAGGAACCCUGUUCUCAGUGUUAGGAACCUGCCUUCAGAUUGAGGAAUCUUCUCCUCACAGUGGGGAACCUUGUCCUCAGAGUGAAGAACAUUAUCCACAGAGAGGGGAACCUUGUUCUCAGAGUGAGGAAUCUUGUCCUCAGACUGAGGAACCUUGUCGUCAGAGUGAGGAACCUUGUCCUCAGAGAGACGAACCUUGUCCUCAGUGUGAGGAAGCUUGUCCUCAGAGUGAGGACUCUUAUCCUCAGAUUGAGGAACCUUGUCCUCAUUGUGAGGAACCUGCUUUUAGAGUGAGGAACCUUGUCCUCAGAGUGAGGAACCUUGUUCUAUGAUGGAGGAACGUCGUCCUCAGAGUGAGGAGCCUUGUCCUCAGUGCGAGGAACCUUGUGCUCAGAGUGAGGAACCUUGUUCUCAGAGUGAGGUACCUUGUCCUCAGUGUCCUCAGGGUGAUGAACCUUGCCUCAGAGUGAGGAACCUGUCUUCAGAGUGAGGAAUCUUGUCUUCAGUGUGAGGAACCUUUUCCUCAGAGUGAGAAACCGUGUCCUCAGAGUGAGGAGCCUUGUCCUCAGAGUGAGGAACCUUGUCCUCAGAGUAAGCAACCUUGUUCUUAGAGUGAGGAACCUUGUUCUCAGAGUGGGGAACUUUGUUGUCAGAGUGCGGACCCUUCUCCUCAGUGUGAAGAGCCUUGCCCUCAUAGUGAGGAACCAUGUCUUCUGAGUGAGGACCCUGACUUCAGAGUGAGGAACAUUGUCCUCAGAGUGAGGAACCUUGUCCUCGGAGUGAGGAACCUUGUCCUCAGUGUGAGGAACAUUUUCCUCAGAGUGAAGAACCUUGUCCUCAGAGUGAGGAACCUUGUCCUCAAGAGUCAUGCAACCUUCUUCUCCGAGUGCGGAACCUUGUCCUCAGUGUGAGGAAACUUGUCCUCAGAGUGAGGAACCUUCUCCUCAGUGCGAGGAACCUUGUCCUCAGAGUGAGGAACCUUGUUCUCAGAGUGAGGUACCUUGUCCUCAGUGUCCUCAGGGUAAUGAACCUUGCCUCAGAGUGAGGAACCUGUCUUCAGAGUGAGGAAUCUUGUCUUCAAUGUGAGGAACCUUUUCCUCAGAGUGAGAAACCUUGUCCUCAGAGUGAGGAGCCUUGUCCUCAGAGUGAGGAACCUUGUCCUCAGAGUGAGGAACCUUGUUCUUAGAGUGAGGAACCUUGUUCUCAGAGUGGGGAACUUUGUUGUCAGAGUCGGACCCUUCUCCUCAGUGUGAAGAGCCUUGUCCUCAUAGUGAGGAACCAUGUCUUCUGAGUGAGGAACCUGACUUCAGAGUGAGGAACAUUGUCCUCAGAGUGAGGAACCUUGUCCUCGGAGUGAGGAACCUUGUCCUCAGUGUGAGGAACAUUUUCCUCAGAGUGAAGAACCUUGUCCUCAGAGUGAGGAACCUUGUCCUCAAGAGUCAUGAACCUCCUUCUCCGAGUGCGGAUCCUUGUCCUCAGUGUGAGGAAACUUGUCCUCAGAGUGAGGAACCUUCUCCUCAGUGUGAGGAACCUUGUCCUCAGAGUGAGGAACCUUGUCCUCAGAGUGAGGAACCUUGUCCUCAGAGUGAGAUACCUUGUCCUCACAGUGAGGAACCUUGUCCUCAAAGUGAGCAACCUUGUCCUCAGAGUGAGGAACCCUGUCCUCAGUGUGAGGAAGCUUGUUCUCAGAGUGAGGAACCUUCUCCUCAGAUUGAGGAACCUUGUCCUUCAAAGUGAGGAACCUUGUCCUCAGAGUGAGGAGCCUUGUCCUCAACGUGAGGAACGUUUUCCUCAUAGUGAGGAACCUUGUCUUCAGAGUGAGGAGCCUUGUCCUCAACGUGAGGAACGUUUUCCUCAUAGUGAGGAACCUUGUCCUCAGAGUGGGGAACCUUGUUGUCAGAGUGCGGACCCUCCUCUGUGUGAAGAACCUUGUCCUCAUAGUGAGGAACCAUGUCUUCUGAGCGAGGAACCUGACUUCAGAGUGAGCAACAUUGCGCUCAGAGUGAGGAACCUUCUCCUCAGAGUCAUGAACCUUCUUCUCAGAGUGCGGAACCUUGUCUUCAGUGUGAAGAACCUUCUCCUAAGUGUGAGGAACCUUUUCCUCAGAGUGACGAACCUUGACCUCAGAGUCAGGAACCUUGUCCUUAGAGUGAGGAACCUUGACCUCAGUGUGAGGAACCUUGUCCUCAGUGUGAGGAACGUUGUCCUCAGAGCGAGGAACCUUAUUCACAGAGUGAGGGUCCUUGUCCUCAGAUUAAAAACCUUGUCCUCGAUGUGAGGAAGCUGUCUUCAGUGCGAGCAUCCUUGUCCUCAGUGUGAGGAACCUGCCUUCAGAGUCAGGAACCUUGUCCUCAGUGUGAGGAACCUUGUCCUCAGUGUGAGGAACUUGUCCUCAGUGUGAGGAACCUUGUUUUCAGCGUGAGAAACCUUGUCUUCAGAGUGAGGAACCUUGUCCUCACAGUGAGGAACCUUUUUCUCACAGUGACGAACUAUUUCGUCAGGGUAAGAAACCUUGUCCUGGAUGUGAGGAACCUGCCUUCAAAGUCAGGAAUCUUGUCCUCAGAGUGAAGAACAUUGUCCUGAGAGUGACGAACCUUGUCCUCAGUGUGAGGAACGUUGUCCUCAGAGUGAGGAAGCUUAUCCUCAGAGUGAGGAUCCUUGUCCUCAGAUUAAAAACCAUGUCCUCGAUGUGAGGAAGCUGUCUUCAGAGUGAGCAUCCUUGUCCUCAGUGUGAGGAACCUGCCUUCGGAGUGAGGAACCUUGUCCUCAGAGUGAGGAACCUUCUCCUCAGAUUGAGGAACCUUGUCCUUCAAAGUGAGGAGCCUUGUCCUCAGAGUGAGGAGCUUUGUCCUCAACGUGAGGAACGUUUUCCUCAUGGUGAGGAACCUUGUCCUCAGAGUGAGGAACAUUGUCCUCAGUGUGGGGAACCUUGUUGUCAGAGUGAGGAACCUUGUCUUCAGAGUGAGGAACCUUGUCCUCACAGUGAGGAACCUUGUCCUCACAGUGAGGAACCUUUUCGUCAGGAUAAGAAACCUUGUCCUGGAUGUGAGGAACCUGCCUUCAAAGUCAGGAACCUUGUCCUCAGAGUGAGGAACCUUGUCCUCAGUGUGAGGAACCUGCCUUCAGAGUGAGGAACAUUGUCCUCAGAGUGAGGAACGUUGUCCUCAGAGUGAACAUCCUUGUCCUCAGUGUGAGAAACCUGCCUUCAGAGCGAAGAAUCUUGUCCUCAGAGUGAGAAACCUUGUCUUCAGAGUAAGCAACCUUGUCCUCAGAGUGACCAACCUUGUCCUCAGAGUGAGGAACCUGGUCCUCAGAAUGAGGAGUUUUGUCCUCAGAGUGAAGAACCUGCUUUCAGAAUGAGGAAACUUGUCCUCAGAGUGAGGAACCUUGUCCUCAGAGUGAGGAACCUUAUCCUCAGUGUGAGGAACCUGCCUUCAGAGUGAGCAUCCUCGUCCUCAGUGUGAGCAACCUGCUUUCAGAGUGAAGAACCUUGUCCUCAGAGUUAGGAACUUUGUCCUCAGAGUGAGGAAACUUCUCCUCAGAGUGAGGACCUUGUCCUCAGAGUCAGGAACCUAGUCCUCAGGGUGAGGAACCUUGUCCUCAGGGUGAGCAACCUUGUCCUCAGUGUGAGGAACCAUGUCCUAAGUGUGAGGAACCUUGUCUUCAGUGUGAGGAACCUUGUUCUCAAAGUGAGGAACCUUGUCCUCUGUGUGAGGAUAAUUGUCUUCUGUGUGAAGGACCUUGUCCUCAGAGUGAGGAACCUUUUCCUCAGAGUGACUAACCUUGUACUCAGAGAGAGGAACCUUGUUGUCAGAUUGAGUAACCUUGUCCUCAGUCUGAGGAACUUUGUCUUCAGUGUGAAGGACCUUGUCCGCAGAGUGAGGAACCUUGUCUUCAGAGUGAGGAACCUUGUCUUCAGUGUUAGGAACUUUGUCUUCAGUGUGAAGAACCUUGUUCUCAGAGUGAGGUACCUUGUCCUCAGAGUGGGGAACCUUGUCCUCAGAGUGAAAAACCUUCUCUUCAGGGUGAGGAACCUUGUCUUUAGUGUGAGGAAAGUUGUUCUCAGAGUGAGCAACCUUGUUCACGGUGUGAGGAACAUUUUCCUCAGUGUGAAGAACCUUGUUCUCAGAGCGACGAACCUUGUCCUCAGAGUGGGAAACCUUCUCUUCAGAGUGAGGAACCUUGUCUUCAGUGCGAGAAACCUUGUUCUCAGAGUGAGGAACCUUGUUCACAGUGUGAGGAACCUUUUCCUCAGCGUGAAGAACCUUGUCCUCAGAGUGAGAAACCUUGUUCUCAGAGAGAGGAACCUUGUCCUCAGAGUGAGAAACCUUCUCUUCAGGGUGAGGAACCUUGUCUUCAGUGUGACGAACCUUGUUCUCAGAGUGAGGAACCUUGUUCACAGUGUGAGGAACCUUUUCCUCAGGGUGAAGAACCUUGUCCUCAGAGUGAGGAACCUUGUCCUCAAACUGAGGAACCUUGUUGUCAGAGUGAGUAACCUUGUAUUCAGUGUGAGGAACUUUGUCUUCAGAGUGAAGGACCUUGUCCUCAGAGUGUGGAAGCUUGUCUUCAGAGUGAGGAACCUUGUCGUCAGUGUGAGGAACCUUGUUCUCAGAGUGAGGAACCUUGUUCUCAGUGUGAGGAACCUUGUCCUCAGUGUGAAAAACCUUGUUCUCAGUGUGAGGAACCUUGUCCUCAGAGUGAGGAACCUUGUCCUCGAAGUGAGGAACCUUGUAUUCUGUGUGACGAACCUUGUCCUCAGAGUGAGGAACCUUGUUCUCAGAGUAAGGAACUUUGUCCACGGUGUGAAGCACCUUCACCUCAGAGCGAGGAGCCUUGUCCUCAGAGUGAGGAACCUUGUCCUCAGAGUGAGGAACCUUCUCCUCAGAUUGAGGAAGGUUGUCCUCAGUGUGAGGAAUCUUGUUUUCAGAGUGAGGAACCUUGUCUUCAGUGUGAGGAACCUUGUCCUGAGUGUGAAGAACCUUGCCCUCAGAGUGAGGAACCUUGUCCUCAGAGUGCGGAACCUUGUCCUCAUAGUGAGGAACCUUGUCCUCAGAGUGAGGAACCUUGUCGUCAGAGUGAGGAAUCUUGUCUUCAGAGUGAGGAACUUUGUCCUCAGAUUGAGUAACCUUGUCCCCAGUGUGAGAAACCUUGUCCUCGGAGUGAGGAACCAUCUGCUCAGAGCGAGGAACGUUGUCCUCAGAGUGAGAAACCUUGUUCUAAGAGUGAGGAACCUUGUCCUCAGUGUGAAGCACCUUGUUCUCAGAGUGAGGAACCUUGUCCUCAGAGAGACGAACCUUGUUCUCAGAGUGAGGAACCUUGUCCUCAGUGUGAGGAACCUUGUCCUCAGUGUGAAGAACCUUGUAUUCGGAGUAAGGAACCUUGUCCUUAUUGUGAGGACCCUUGUCUUCAGAGUUAGGAACCUUGUCCUCAGAGUGAGGAACCUUGUCUUCAGAGUAGGAACUUUGUCCUCAGUUUGAGGAACCUUGUCCUCAGUGUGAAGAACCUUGUAUUCGGAGUGAGGAACCUUGUCCUCAGUGUGAGGACCCUUGUCUUCAGAGUUAGGAACCUUGUCCUCAGAGUGAGGAACCUUGUCUUCAGAGUAGGAACUUUGUCCUCAGAUUGAGGAACCUUGUCCUCAGAGUGAGGAACCAUGUCCUCAGAGUGAGGAACCUUGUCCUUAGAGUGUGGAAACUUUUCCUCAGAGUGAGGAACUUUCUCCUCAGAGUGAGGAACCUUGUCCUCACUGUGAGGAACCUUGUCCUUAGAGUGUGGUACCUGCCUUCAGAGUGAUGAACCUUGUCCUUAGAAUCAGGAACCUUGUCCUCAGUGUGAAGAACCUGCCUUUACACUGAGGUACCUUGUCUUCCGAGUGAGGAACCUUAGAUAGAUAGAUAAACUUUAUUUAAGCACACUAGUCCCAUUCAACACUAAGCUGAUUUCCAUGAGAGGUGUGCUGGCUAAUUGUUACAAUUUAAAAACUAAUUUAUUAUUACAUACAAACUAUUAUUAUAUAAAUCUAUUAGAUAUUCAUUUAAAUAAACUACUUAAAUUAAUAAGUCCGAGGGCGAGGAGAAAAGGUUUUUACAAAACGAAUUGUGAGAUAUCGAAUUUCGAAUAUUUUCUGGUAUUCUAUUCCAUAAUUUAGCCCCACUGUAACUGAAACUUUUUUAAAAAAAUUCUGUCCUGGGCCUUGGAAUAAAAAGCCCAGUUGAAGAACCUCUUAAAUUAUAACUAUUUACAGUGUUGGAAGAUUGGAAAAUGUUACACAGUCUUUGUGGAGCUAAUUGAUUUACUGUUUUGUACAUGAGUUUGGCCUUCAUUAAUGCUCUACGUUCUUCAAGGGAUGUCCAACCAAGAGCAGUACGAGCUAAGAUAGACUGUCCAUGCUCAUUUUUAAAAUUCAUAAUUACUCUAGCCGCUCGAUUUUGCAAUUUUUGAAGACGUUCGCCGAGGCCUUUGCCAAGCUCAUCCCAAACCUCACAACAGUAAUCAAAAUGCGGCUGGAUCAAUGCAUUGUACACCAGCACUAACGUAUCUCGGUCUACAAAUUCUUUAAGUUUUUUUAACGCACCAAUCCCCGAAGAUACUUUACUAGCGAUAUAUUCAAUAUGUUUUUCCCAGUUUAGGUUCUCAUCGAUUUCAACUCCUAGCACUUUUGCGCUUUUUACUCUUUUGAUUGGACAUGUGUCGAUCUUAGCUGUGUGUUGGACAUCCAUGCUAUUAAUCUUAGAACGUGAUCCAAUCAAGAUAUAUUCCGUUUUCGCAAUAUUUAAGCUAAGUUUGUUUGAAGACAACCACACUUUAAUAUUUUUCAAAUCCUUAUUCGCUAUCUCUUCUGCUUCAUUUAACGUUUUGCCCACAGCUGUAAGGCUGGUAUCGUCUGCAAACAUCCUUGGUGUUGUAUGUUUGAGACAAUUUGGCAAAUCAUUUAUAUAGAUAAUAAACAGAAGAGGGCCAAGUAUACUUCCCUGAGGGAUGCCGCAAGUUAUUCCUCUCUGAUCUGAAAGCAUUCCAUUUAGCUGACAUCUUUGUGUUCGAUUUGUUAAGUAAUUACUUAGUAAAUCUAGGGCUUUAUUACCAAAGCCAUACCGUUCGAACUUACGUAAAAGAAUUUCAUGGUUGACAGUAUCGAAUGCUUUCUUUAAAUCGAGAAGAACAACUAUGUUGUAUAGGCCACGGUCCAUGUUAAUAUACCAUUCAUUAGUACAAUCUAAUUAGUACAAUUCUUCGCCGAAUUGAUGCCCAUACCUCUCGUGUGGCUUCGCCCUUGGAUCGUGCCAUGUCUCGGCGGUCUCCACCUAAACGUUCACUGACGGAUACGCGCCCCGAACGUCGCUAUCUACAGCAAUAGGUGUCUAACGACGCGUGUGACUUUCGCUAGUUUGCUACUCUAAUUUUCGUCCAGCGUGUGUUCAUUUGUCGUUCUUGACUCAUUCCCGUCAAUAAACUGGCCUUACAUUAGUGUUUUUUUUUGCUUUCGUUGGUUAUGUUUUUUCCCCGGUUUACAUCACGCCCGGGUAUCCAUCGCCACUCCUUGGGACGACGCCUCCACCCGUUGUUGGUAACGCUCCCAGGACUCGAAUUUCUUACGUCGCCACUCGCUAUUUCGAGUGGCGAGUGCGAGAAUACUAUCAUCGCUCCAAGUUAGCAAGGCGGUUGGACCUGACAACAUCCCAAACAGACUUCUGAAAGAGUUUUCACCUGUGCUAGCACCUAUCCAGUACAUUUACAAUCAAUCAGUGAGGGAAGCAUAUAUUCCAUCACUGCUCAAGUCUUCUAUUGUAUCACUGCUCAGGUCUUCUAUUGUCACUCUAGUUCCAAAG